AUGUCCACCACAUUCGGCCUCCGCCGAUUCCUCGGCCUCGCGUUGAGUGCCGCCUGCGUUACUGUCGUAACAUGCCACGAUCACUGGGUCGACAUCUGGGCGUGUAUGCCGCAGCAGGUUGAACCGUACAACCUGCCCAAUGCCCCUUAUAACGGCACCGACGGGGUAUUCCAGAACGCCACAAUCCGCCAGACCGUCUACCUCACACAAGACGCGUCCACUAUCCGGCUGACAUUCAGCAACGCUCUGGGUGGCUCCGACCUCCCCAUCACGGCUGCCACCAUCGCUCUGCCCGUCAACGGCACGGCAGGCUCUCCGGCCAUCCGCAAGGACACGGUCCAAUACCUGACCUUUUCGGGCUCCCGCUCGAUCCAGAUCCCAAACGGCGCGCUGGCCCUCUCGGACCCCAUCCGCUUCCCCGUCAAGGCCCAAACCAGCGUCACCAUCACCGUGUAUCUCGCCUCGGGCCAAGCAGGGCAUGCCAUCACGGGCCACCCAGGCAGCCGCACCUCGUCCUGGCUCGCCCAGGGCGACCUCGUCUCGGCAGCGGACGUCAACACCACGGCCACUACGCAGCGCAUCGAUAAGUGGUUCCUCAUCGCCUCCAUCCAGGCCUGGCUCCCCACAUCCCACACCUCCCUCGCCAUCGUCGGCGACUCCAUCACCGACGGCCGCGGCAGCACCACCAACGGCAACAACCGCUGGCCGGACCAGCUCGUCGCCCGCCUGCGAUCCUCCCACAGCCACAGCCGCCGGUCGUCGUCGUCGCUCGACCUGCGCUCCAUCUCGGUCGCCAACAUGGCGGCAGGCGGCAACCGGAUCUUGGCCGACGGGCUCGGCCCUAACGCGCUAGGUCGCGUCGAGCGAGACGUUCUCGCGCACCCGGGGGUGCGGUACGCGCUCAUCUUCGAGGGCGUCAACGACCUGGGCACGGCGGCCACCGACCCGGCCGUCCAGACCGCCGUCGGCGACCGCGUGAUCCAGGCGCUCGACCAGAUGGUUUCGCGCCUGCACGCCGCGGGCAUCGCUGCCUUCGGGGCGACCAUCACGCCCAUGAGCGGACCGGGCCAGGCGUAUGGCGAUCCGGUGCGGGAGGCGCAGCGGCAGCGGGUGAACAAGUGGAUCCGGACGAGCGGCCGGUUCGAUGCGGUGGUGGAUUUUGAUGCGGCCGUGCGGGAUCCGAAGAACGAGACGAUGCUGAGCAAGGAGUAUGAUAGCGGGGACUACUUGCACUUGAACCCGGCGGGGUAUAAGGCUAUGGCCGAGGCGGUGGAUCUGAAGCUGUUUUCCAGGUUUUCGGGGGGUUCGAGCGCCAUGGUUUGA